GCAAAAAAUUGACACAUGGGAAAAAAGAACAUGUCAGCCUGGUGCUCGGGUAGAGAAUGUAGCAGAAUUAGAAAAAAUACUUAAGAGGCUAAUCAAAUUGCUUGAUAUUACUCACGGGACCAUUUUUAAUAGUAAAAAAUAUCAAACAGGUAGGUUUGAAGAGAUUGAGAUGGUAGUUCAUAAUGGUCACGCAUUUUCUAGAAAUCAUCAUUUUCCAAGAGAUCGAAUGCUUAUUGGGCUUGGACUCGGAGAAGGAGAAAUAUUGAAAGAGAUCCAGUCAAUAUUCCAAUUUGUUCUAGAAGAUGUUCAUACAUUUAGAACAUGGAUGAAGCAUACAGAUAUUAUAAAAGCAUGUAAGGAAUUAUUUGAAGAUGCAGUAGACUGGCAAUUUCGGGAAGAAAUAAUUAAUGAAAAAAGAAAUGGAGAAGGAUGUGGGAAGGCAAAAGGCUGGACUCCUAUCGUACUUCUACGAUAUCUUCUUGAAACAGAUAUCCUAGAAAGUUGCGCAAUCAUAGGAAAGUUCACACAAGGAAAUAAAGUUGAAGAAAAAUACCUUACUCACCGGGUUGUAAAAGACAAAGGUGAACUUGAUUUCUUGAUCCAGGAUUGCAUUAAAGAAGGAACAUAUGCAGGUAGUAAUAAAUAUCUGCUUGGACAUAUACUUACAUACUAUGAAGACCAUCAGCCUCAAUAUACACAUUUGCGAGCCUCAAUGUUAGCUUAUGCCCAUAUAAACUUACUGGAAAUGCUUCGAAGAUUUGGCCCUAAUGAAGUACAAGUUAAGCAAAAGAUUAGCUAUCCCAAAGAUUCAGUAAAUACUAAAUUGGUUAAAGUAUUUCAAAAAACUAAAAUGCCUUUAGCGGUAGGAGAAUAUUUUUCAUGUAGUAAACAUAAACUAUUUGUUUGUCAUGAUUGUUUUUGGGAUUGGUAUGCUCAUAAAGGUUUUGAGAGAGUUAUCACUGAUAAGAAGCCAUCUAGCAAUACUAGUAUAGCUAUUACUAAAAUAUCUGAACCUCUAAAAGAAAAGGUUCUUUCAGAACUAAUUAAAGAAAUACAACCUGGACAAUGGCAUGAUAAAGGGGAAAAAAUUCAUGGUCCAGAUCCUAAUAUUGUAUACUGGCCAAAAAAUAGGCAUUGGGAAUCGAUUAAAAAUAUUACCGAAAAUGGUGGUUUUGGAAAGACAAUGCGUGCAAUUCAAAUCUUUAAAGAUAUAAACAUGGUAGUCUUUACUCAUACAAAUGUAUUGGCUAAAGACUUUCAAAAUGACCAAGAAAAGAAAUUUUCACGAGUUGUAAUCUGGGAUGAAAAUGAUGCUCAACCUCUACCAUUCUUUGGUAAAAUGCCUCAUAACUGGUUAAAAGAGCGAGCUGAUUACUAUGAGAAAGUCUUAACUGACUAUCGAGCCAAAUAUCCUAGAUUACAAGAGCUUAAAAAAAAAAUGCGAUGCCAAAAUAACAGAAUGCAGUCAGACUUAUUCUCACAUAUACUUUUCCAGAGAAUUGCUUCCCAAAAAUGCUUAAAAAUUUAUCAAGUAAAAUAUCCUGAAAUUCCAAUCCCAUUAAUUUAUAGGCAAAAAGAUAGAUAUAAACAGAAUUGCCUUGUUCAAAUUCCCAGCUCAUCUGAAAAGAAGGAGUUAGUAAAAAAUGAUAUAGUAUAUUUGCCCUUAAAUACACUUUCUGACAAGUUCUUAAAAGAUGUAUUAGUAGAUAAAAAAGUUAUAGAUUGGGAACUCGAAUACGCAAUGACCAUUCAUACUAGUCAAGGAAUGACUCUUAAGUCGCCACAACAUGUUUGG